AUGGCCACACAAACUGCUUCAGCUAUCGUUUCAACAGAAUCAUGCGUCACAUCGACAGUGGGUCAAAGACGCAAGUCUGUUAGAUUUAGUCGGUUUGAAAAAGUUUAUUAUACUCAUUCACCAAUCGAUUACGAUCGUACUUCUAUUCUCGCUGAAUUGGCUCAACAAAGAAAUGAACAGUGCCAUCAAGUUGCUCAUUCCGAUCAGGCUCAUAUUGUCUUUCCUCAACAUCCUAUCUUAACUUUUGUUAAAACCAUGUAUAAAUAA